CGUCUACAUUUCACAGAAUUGAUAGCAACGAUGACUCAACUGAAAGCUUCUCUUCUUCACUAACCUUCGCUCUCUCUUUACCAAACUAUCCUCUCAAUCUCCAUUUCUCUCCCUUCUCCUGUUCCUAGACAAUGGCGCUGAAUGAAGAACCGGCGUCUGGCGCCGCUAAACUUGGCGAUGAAGGAGAUGGUGAUGACGGUAUCGGAGGAUAUGUACUGAUCGUUUUCGCUGUUUUCUUCUUUGUCUCCGCUUUCGCGCUCUUGCUCUUUUUCCUCCUCCGCGGCGCCACUACUGCUGAAGGGGCUAUUUCAAGUAAUCCAAGCAAAGGGGCAAAUGAUGAUCUUGCAGCCAGCGGUAACGACACAACUACUACGAAUAUUAUUUCUUCGGGGAAUGGUAGUUUUACCUUAUCUUUGAGUUUGGUUGGAGGGGACGCCUCAGUUGAUACAAUUUCAAUGCCGAGCCCAACAACUGUAGUACCAAAAAGUGGAGCCUUCCUGGCCGAAGAGGACAAUUCUUUGGGUGGUAAUACUAGGACAGCUUAUGUUUAUGUUGAAUUGCUAGUUCUUGUUGUUCUCUUUCUUUUAUUGACACUGUUGUCUUUUACAUGUUCUCACGUGCAAUCCACCAUUUUGCUCGCUCUCCUUAAAGAAGCCAGAAGGAUGGCAAGAGAAGAGCCACAGGAAAAUCAAUUGCUGGAGAAGGAGUUGGAUCCGCAGGGUGAAGACACCGUUGUAAAAUUUGAGAAUACAAAUAUGCAAGUCUCCGAAUUAGUUGACUCCUCAAUUCUUGGAAAAUACAGUACAUGGAAGAAACAAAACGACAACAAGAACCAAGAUCCAAUCAUACGUCUAAUGCGAGAUCAGAUUAUUAUGGCAAGAAUAUAUUUGAGUAUUUCAAAAAAGAAAAAGAAAGUUGAUUUGAGUGAAGAGCUCCAAAAUUGUAUUAAAAGAAGCCGUCGUGUCCUAGGAGAGGCAAAUAUCGAUGCUGAGUUGCAUAACAGUGCGCCCCAAAAAAUAAAAGCUAUGGCCGGUGUUCUUUCAAAGGCAAGAGAUCAACUGUUUGAUUGCAAGUUGGUGAUCAAGAAGCUGAGAGCUAUGCUGCUAACCGAAGAAGAAAAGGUUAGAAGGUUGAAAAUGAAAAAUACAUUUCUGACUCAAUUGGGAGUUAAGGGUAUUCCAGGUGGUAUUCGUUGUCUCUCCUUGCGCCUUACCGUCGAUUACUACCUUCUUCCUCCGGAGAAGAGAAAUUUCCCUAGAAGUGAAAAUUUGCAGAAUCCAAAAUUUCACCAUUAUGCCCUCUUCACAGACAACGUGGUGGCUGCUGCAGUAGUCGUGAACUCAACCGUAAUGAAUGCUAAGGAUUCUUCAAAACAUGUAUUCCACCUCGUAACUGAUAAUCUCAAUUUUGGAGCAUUGAAAAUGUGGUUUCUCUUAAAUCCUCCUAAAGAAGCUACGAUCCACGUUGAAAAUUUAGAUGAACUCAAGUGGUUGAACUCGUCCUAUUGCCCAGUACUCCGCCAGCUUAAUUCUGAAGCAAUGAGAGAAUAUUAUUUCAAGGAAGAACAAUCCACCACUUCUUCAUCUAGUGCUUCUAGUUUGAAGUACAGAAACCCAAAAUAUCUUUCAAUGCUAAAUCAUCUGAGGUUCUAUCUACCGCAAAUUUAUCCCGAGCUAGACAAAAUUCUAUUUCUGGAUGAUGACGUUGUUGUCCAGAAAGAUUUGUCUGGAUUGUGGCUCGUAGAUCUUGAAGGAAAAGUCAACGGUGCCGUCGAAACUUGUGUUGAGAAUUUUCAUCGUUUUGACAAGUACCUUAACUUCUCAAACCAUUAUAUCGCAAGGGAUUUCGAUCCAAAUGCGUGCGGUUGGGCAUAUGGAAUGAAUAUAUUUGAUCUCAAGGAGUGGAAAAAGAGAAAUCUCACUGGCGUAUAUCAUACAUGGCAGAACUUGAAUGAAGAUAGGUUGCUUUGGAAGCUCGGAACAUUACCUCCAGGUUUGAUGACAUUUUAUGGGCUGACAUAUUCCCUCGAUAAAUCUUGGCAUGUGCUUGGAUUGGGUUACAAUCCAAGUAUCAACCCAUUGGAGAUAGAAAAUGCAGCUGUUAUUCACUAUAAUGGCAACAUGAAACCUUGGAUGGAGAUGGCGAUGACGAAGUAUCGCCCUUACUGGAGAAAGUACAUCGACUUCAAUCAUCCUUAUCUUCGCCAGUGCCACUUUAUUAAAUGAAACUGACUGGAUAAUCGGAACUACAGGUCACUCUAACUCUCACAUACUCUCUCCUCCCCCACGUUGAAUUUUCUUUACCUGGUUCACUGCAUGACAUGGGGCUGGGGAUUUAUCUCACAUCACAGUCACAUACCUUUGUACAUCAUUCAAUUGGUUCUCACGAGCCUUCAUGCAUUAUGACGAGGUAGAAACUAUAUCAUAUGUUAGAGUAGAAAAUAGAUUGGGUAGAUCGGGAAGUAAAGGCCACAUCCUACUGUAUUCUUCCUAUUAACCCUGUUUUUUCCGAGAUUCCGAUGAAUAAGAAAACCUGUAUGUUCGUAGGCGAAAGAAGAAAUACUUUCCUUUAUUUCGUUUC